AUGUCCGAUCGAUCUCUUAGGAUGCCAGAAGAUGGUUGUGAAGACAAGAUCAGUGAGUUAUCGGACGACUUGCUCGUGCAGAUUCUAUUGCUGAUCCCAACAAAAGAUGCAAUGUCCACUAUGAUAUUGUCAAAACGAUGGCGUUUUGUCUGGACUAUGAUUCCUAAACUCAAGUACAAAGAGACCACAAAGAGCGUUUGGUGGUUUCUUUACAACUCAUUGCAACUCCACAAGGCACCUGUAGUAGACAGCUUGUGUGUCGAUCUCGGUCCAAGGUGUCCUGCUGAUACGAGGCUUCACUCGAAAGAUACUCCGGCAUUAAAGCACCUUAUCAUUGAUUCUUGGGUGGAAGACUAUUUCUUCAUCGAGAAUAUGCCUUGUCUUGAUCUUGCAGAUAUCACAUUCAGUAUAUUUAUAUGUGAAUCUAUUGACCAGUCUCUAAGAUCUCUUUCAUCGGUCUUGUCUCUAUCUAUCGAUGAUGUUUCGCUUAGGUACAGUAGCACUAUCAACUUCUCUCGACUCGGAAAGUUACGUAUAUGUCCAGAUGACUCAGAUUGGUUGGAGCCACUCAUGGUUGUACUUGGGAAUUCUCUGAUACUAAAACAUCUUGUGGUUGACUAUGCGAUUGUCGAUCUCGAGGAUAUGGCACUCUCAUGGAACCAACCAGAUUCAGUUCCAAGUUGUUUGUCUUCCCAUUUAGAGAUCUUUGAGUGGAUGGAAGGAUACGAAGGAAGAGUAGAAGAGAAAAAGUUCGUGACAUACAUCCUAGCUAACUCCAAGUGUUUAAAGAGAGCGACAAUCAUCUUUAGUAAUACCUUCGAUCUUGACAGGAGACGGAAGGUGAUGGAGGAAUUGGAAUCUAUUCCUAGAGUUUCGAAAGCGUCUCAGCCUUUUUUUCAGAUGAAAAAUUCUUAA